AUGGCGGCCAAGAGAAUGUUGUUUCUGAAAGUGACACUGUUUUCGGUCCCUGUGCAAGGUGGCAAAGUCAGAAAUGGGCGCAUUCGUCACAGACUUGGAUUUGGUGGCUCCGCGGCGCUUUCUGUCGCCGAGCAGAGGACCAAAAAGGCACAAAUCGACAAAUGGCCUGAAGACGCCAGACGAAGAGGGCCAUUUGAGAUCACUGGCCGAAUGGACUGA